AGUCUCGCCGUUGGGGGGAUAUAUGACGUCAAACUCCUGCGACGGAACUUACCACGUGGGAAGGAUUUAGCUGUGUCGCUGAGGUAAACAACCGCAGUGUAGCGUGGCUGUAUUUAUCCAUAAAAUAUAUAUUUCCAUUUCAUUUUGAACAAGCCUUAAGUUUUUGCUUUGUAAAGCGGUUCUCUCUAGACCAUGCCCCACAACCCCGAUCAUCCUCCGGCGAAGAAAUUUAAGCCGGGGUCUCCUUUUUUCCGUCUCGACAAGAAGCCUGGGAUGCUGCUACCUAGAAAGGAAAAUGUAUCGGUACCAAUAGACGUGCAAAGGAAAAAUCUUCCCAUUUACCAGGCGAAGUCUCAACUCAUUAACCAGCUUAGACAGCUUCAUAAUGCUGUAUUGAUAGGUGAGACGGGUUCUGGAAAGACCACCCAGAUUCCUCAGUACCUGUAUGAAGCUGGCAUCGCGCGACAGGGCAUCGUCGCUGUGACACAGCCCCGCCGAGUGGCAGCUAUCUCCCUGGCAACGAGGGUAGCAGAGGAGAAGAGAACUCAGCUGGGGAAGCUGGUCGGCUACACGGUGCGAUUUGAGGAUGUCACCUCCUCGGAGACGAAGCUGAAGUUCAUGACCGAUGGUAUGCUCCUGCGUGAGGCCAUAGGAGACCCCUUACUGCUACGCUACACCGUGGUGGUGCUGGAUGAGGCCCACGAGCGCACUGUGCACACUGACGUGCUUUUCGGAGUGGUGAAGGCUGCCCAGCGCAAACGCAGAGAACAGAACAAGGUCCCCCUCAAGGUGAUUGUGAUGUCAGCCACCAUGGAUGUGGACCUGUUCUCUCAGUACUUCAACAAGUCCCCUGUGCUGUACCUGGAGGGCAGGCAGCACCCCAUCCAGAUGUACUACACCAAGCAGCCCCAGUCGGACUACCUGCAGGCUGCCCUGGUCUCAGUCUUCCAGAUCCAUCAGGAAGCCCCUGCGUCACAUGACAUCCUGGUGUUCAUGACAGGACAGGAGGAGAUAGAGGCGCUGGCUCGUACCUGCCGUGACAUCGCCAAGCACCUACCUGACAGCUGUGGUCCCAUGACUGUCAUCCCUCUGUACGCCUCCCUACCCCCUGCUCAGCAGCUCAGGGUCUUCCAGCCUGCCCCUAAGGGUUGUAGGAAGGUUAUCCUGUCAACCAACAUUGCAGAGACGUCGAUCACCAUCUCGGGGAUCAAAUACGUCAUUGAUACAGGCAUGGUGAAAGCAAAACGCUUCAACCCAGAGAGCGGUCUGGAGGUGUUGGCAGUACAGCGGGUAUCUAAAGCCCAGGCGUGGCAGAGGGCGGGCAGGGCGGGCAGAGAGGACGCCGGCUCUGUCUACCGUCUCUACACCGAGGAUGAGUUUGACAACCUCAUCCCCAUGACCGUGCCUGAGAUACAAAGAUGUAACCUGGCCAGUGUCAUGCUACAGCUUCUGGCUCUGGGGAUCCCUGACGUGAUGAACUUUGACUUCAUGUCUAAGCCUUCUCCUGAGGCGAUGCGUUCGGCAGUGGAGCAGCUGGAUCUGCUUGGGGCUGUAGGGAGGAAAGGUGAGCAGGUCACCCUCACUCCUUUGGGCAAGAAGAUGGCCAGCUUCCCCCUGGAGCCACGCUAUGCCAAGACCAUCUUGCUGUCACCAGACUUCCAGUGUUCCGAGGAGGUGCUGACCAUCGUGUCUCUGCUGUCGGUGGACUCGGUGCUCUACAACCCGCCCGCACGCCGAGAGGAGUGUCUCGCCGCUCGCAAGAAGUUCACCACCAGCGAGGGAGAUCACUUGACCCUGCACAACAUCUACAGAGCCUUCAAGAAAGUAAACGCCAACAAGGAGUGGUGUCGGGAGAACUUUGUCAACAGCAGGAACAUGGGCAUGGUUGGAGAGGUUCGUGCACAGCUCCGAGAGAUCUGCCUUAAGCUGAGCAUGAAGCUGGAGUCGUGUGGGUCGGACACGGGGAGCGUGCGUCGCUGCCUGGCCCACGGUCUGUUUGUGAACGCUGCAGAGCUACAGCCAGAUGGCAGCUACACGGCCCUGGAUACCCACCAGCCUGUUGCCAUCCACCCCUCCUCUGUCCUCUUCCAGGCCAAGCCUGCCUACGUGGUCUUCAACGAGCUCCUGCACACCUCAAAGUGCUACAUGAGGGACCUGUGUCUGGUGGAUGCUGAUUGGCUGGUCGAGGCCGCGCCUGAGUACUUCCGCCGGAAGUUACGCCCCACCAAGAGCUAGCCUCUGAUUGGACAGAACCCGGGGGUGACAAGAGACUACAGCGGAACCAAAGCUCCCUGAGCAGUGACACACCUGCCCCACCUCUCCCUCAGUGUCAAUAGAAACUGGAUGGAGGCAUGAUGGGAAGAACAUCUUUCUACUCUUUCCUAUUUGCUGAAUCGCUCGUUUUUGUUUACACAAAGCGUAGAAAGAUUCUUCAGCACUGUGUGUGUGUGUGUGCCAGUCGAAGACAGAACAUUUAGCAUUUGGUCUGACAGUUUGGCAGCGUUCAGACAAGCAGCCCAAUUCUAAACUUUUUUUUUUUAUAAUCAGAUCAGCUCUGAAACAUAUUUGAUGUGAUUGGUUAAAAUACCAAUUAGUGGGGGGGAAUCAGAAUUGGGCUGCCUGUCUAAAUUCAGCCAAGUAGAGAGAGGUCUGAGUGAAGGUUCUUCUCUGGGUUCUUCUUCCUAGUCAUAGGAAAGCGGCCAUGUUGUAUUAGAUGUCUGCUGAACCAUAGAAGAGAGAGAUUCCCCUGGCCUAGAACGGAGGUUACGAACUAAUGUUCCCGUUACUAUGGUUACGAACCGACCUUCUCGUGCUUCAUUCUACUCUCCUCUACCUGUUGGCUAAUCAUUGCCUGUUGCCACAUAUUUGCUUCACAACCAGAAAUGAGGUUUCGUCAUGAUUGAGUUCAAACACUGAUUCUAAAUAUCUGCAUGUUUCUUAGCAACAUAGAUUUAACUCACAGAAGUGGGAUGGCAUGGUUAUUCCUUCAAACAAAUAUAUUCAACAACUGACUUGAAUUGGCUGUUCAUAUUUAAAUUCUGGCCCCUGGUCUAACUUAUUGGCUGUUUGUCACUUGCUUAAAAAACAAGGGGACACAUAUAACAUCAAAUGCCAUUCCGUGUACAUAAUAUUUUCUGUUGGAAAAUAUAGAUAUAUCACAGGAUUUAAUUAGAUAUAUAAGCAGAAGUUUACAUAAACACUUGGGCAUAGGUUGACUUUUUGUCUUCAUUGAGUUUAGUCACACACAUCUACAUCAACUACCAGGGAAAUAAGUGAUAUUGCUGACUAAAAAUGACUCGUUUAUCAUUUGUCCUAAAAGGAUACCAAGACAUCUGUCCACAUCAUUUGAGGUGGGUGGUCAUUGUGUGUGUGUGUGUGUGGCUGGGUUAAUACAUUAUGGCGUCUGUCAGUUGAGGUGGUGUAGGAGGAGUGUAAUUGAAUGUCUUUCAUUAACUGAUAAGAGAAUUAUGUUCUCCAGGUACAUCACCCAAUUUAAUUAUAUUACUCUCAGUCUGCAAACCAGAAUUUGUAAGAUCCUGGUCGAAUGAAACAGAAGGAGGCCCAGCUAAAUAGUCAAAGGUUUAUUCACAGAACGUUCUGAAGUCAAGAAUACAAAUCAAUUCAUUUUAUACUGACUUCUCAUAUUCACACAACCAUACACACACAUGUCCUGCUACGCACACACUGUCUGUCUCACUACCCAGCCGACAGAGAUAGUGACCAUGUCCUUGAGACGUACUCCCCGUUCUCCCAAAUCUAGUCAGGUCAGCACCAAGCUCAGACAGUCUGUGUUUAAAAUACCAUAAAGACAUAUUGUUUUACCCUAAUCCCGACUAGAACUACACAUUUAUUGACUAUGAUUUCAUACAUUCUAAUCAAUUCCAUACAAUUAUAUGUUUCAGGGCGGAACAUUCUAAUCGUUCAAUUAACAGACAAUUCUCACCUAUCAUUAACAAAUGCCUGCUUUUUAAAAAUCUGUUCACUCACUAUUACCUGAUGCUCGUGCUGCAGUAACUUACAGUAAGUAACUGGCAGCUCCAAAGACCGAUGCAUUGACCCUCUGGGUAAAUGGACUUCAAAUCUUAUUGUGAAGUUGGUCACAUCAGUUAUCCUGUUUAAAUGCGGAGCACUGUUGCACAAAUUCCUGCUAGACCAUGUCAAGUAGGUGUACUCGUACAUUGAUAAUGCAGUGCAUGGAGAUUAUAUAGUAGGAUUUGAUUACUCAGGUCUUUGAUACACUUGUAAAAUGUCUCGAAUGGUAUGAAAUGGAUUGUAUCUAUUCGCUCUCCUCUUUUUGUAUUAUUCAGAGCAACCGGAGGAUUUGAAGCUGUGUCGGCGGGAUUUGAACAGGGUGUCUGUUGUGCUGACAUGGCAUUCUUCACCCAUCGAUCUUUCUAUUGAAAAAAUAAAUGAAUACGGAAAUAAUAUUGUCUUUAAACUAAAUUAAUGCCACAUUUAGAUCUUGAAGAGCAUCUUAACAUGUGAUUCCUAAAAUAUUUAUUAUGGGGAAUAUUAUAAAACAGAUCAAGAAUAUCCCAAAACAAGAAUGAUUGUUUAAAUGGGUGGGAUAGGUUUACUGGAUAACCAAUGGUCAUAUGUUUGAUUGAAACGUCAUUGUUGACUGAAAUAUGUGUGUUGUUUUAUUGGAUGAUAAACAACCUGACCCGAGUGUGUUGAAAGUCAAAAGAUUAUAGUGGCGGAUAUGACAGGGUGACUUUAUAUUAUAUAUGCUGGUUAUUAUAUCCACUAGUGUUUUUCAAAUAAAUAAAACAAAUUUUCCUCAUCAA